CUUCUCCACUGCCUAGUGACUCGAGGAGGCUCGCGUCGGAGACCGCGGUGCUCUUUUGAUGGGUAAUGGCGAAAUCGAUCGCCGAUCGGCGAUCGCCUUUAUUUCUUAGAUGCAAAGAUCGAAGCUUUUCGUUCUGAUCUCUCAAAUUCCUUGAGAAAAUAUUGGAGCUGGCGCCGCCGGACGCCACAAGGGAAUCGCUGCGCUUAUGGGUUUUCCGUUGCUCGUGUUUGGAUUUGGGGUUUUCUGAUUGGAAGCCGUGUGAACCCUAGUUUAAUGGUGAAAGACGAAUGUUUUGUUCUGACUCCUACUAGUUUUGGGGUUUUCGAGGAUUAGAGCUGAUAAAGUUGCGAUCUUUCGCCGUCUUUUUGGUCCUUUGUUCCUCUUUGGUAAGAUUUUAGGGUCUUGUACAUGUGUUUUGUUACUGGCCAGACCAGUGACGAUGCUGUCGGAGAUGGGCGUUCGUUCUAUGAUCGGAAGCGGAGGGGAUGCAUUCGACGUGGAGGAGUUGGAGGGGCUGGGGGCGCUGCUUCGGGAGCAGAGAAGGCAAGAGGCGAUCGAUCGAGAGAGGGAGCUUAAUAUUUUUCGCAGCGGCUCCGCCCCACCUACUGUGGAGGGCUCCAUCACUGCCGUGGGAGGGCUCUUCGGCCUGGAGGUUGGCGCCAACGUGCCAGAUUUACCGGAGUCUAAGAAUGGAGAUGGAUCAUUAUCCGAGGAGGAGCUCCGUUCCAAUCCCGCUUACCUCUCUUACUACUACUCGCAUGUGAAUCUGAACCCGCGGCUCCCACCUCCAGUGCUCUCCAAAGAGGACUGGAGGUCAACUCAGAGGCUUCAGGUGGGGAGAUCGGUUAUUGAGGAGAUUGGAGAUAGGAGGAAAGAGAGCCGUUGGGAGGAACAGGGUCAUAUAUCACUGUUCUCGCAGCAGCCGCUGUUUAAUCCACAGGAGCAUGCUGUAGAGUCGAGAAAGGUACCUGGUUCAGGGGAGCGGCUGGACAAACCUGGAGACGAACUGAUCAGGCUUCCACUCGGCCGGCAGAAGAGCUUUGCCGAUGUCCUUCAGGGCGACACUGGGUGCAAGACUCCCAUCUCAAACCAUCCAUCACGCCCACAAAGUCGUAAUGCAUAUGCAAAUGGUCUCGAAGCAUUAGGUUCUUCUGAUUCUCAGCUUUCUUUGAACAAUGACGUUUCAGCUUUAGGUAGGCAACAACCUGGUGAAUAUGUCAUGAGUGUUGAUGGUCUUCCACAUAGUUUUACAUCUGUUGGAAGUUCAUCCCAUAUGAAAAGCACCACUCCUGAUCCGCAGCUGGUUGCACGGGCUCCUAGUCCUCGUCUUCCACCUUUUGUUCUGAAUGUUGGCGCCAAUAUCCAGAAAGAUAAAGACAAUCUGUCAGCUAUAGUUGAUUCUGAUGACCUUAUUGCUGCAAUAUCAGGUUUUAGCUUGUCAACUGAUGGUGCAGUAGCUGCUGAAAAUACCUCUCGAACAGAGCUUCAAAGCGAGUUGGAUGAUCACCACAAAUUUCUUUUUGAUUCGCUAACAAACCAAGAAAAUAUUAGGAUGCGGGCUAUCAUGAAAGAUUCUGAUCCACAUUCUUUAAUAAUUCCCUCUCUUCCACAUUCAUUGAAGGCUUCAUUUCCUCAUUCCACUACUGAAGGUCAGGUGGAGAUAAGAAAUUUGAGCUCGAGAGUAGGUGAUCCAAUUGAACCACGUAAAUCCACUAUCUCAUCUGUCAAAUCAUAUGUGAAAUCACCUUCUUUACCUCUGGUUGCUAAUGCUGGUGGUUCACCUGGUCAUUAUCAGAACCUUGAGAGUGUAGCUGCAGCUUUUGCAGGUAGCAGUGGGUUGAGUGCUUAUUCUGUUAAUCCUGCAUUUCCUUCGAUCCUGCAGAAUCAUAUUAGCACAGGCGCUGUGCCUCCUUCAUUUGAAAGUGGUGCUGCUGCUUCAGCAAUUGCAUCUCUUAGUAUGGACCCUAUGGUUUCUGGAGGAGGUAUUUUUGCACCAUCAAGUUUAGCUGGACUAACUGAUCUGAAAAGUCUCGGUCAAAUUGGUAAUCAGUCAGCAAUAGCAGCUCUCCAAACACCACCUAGUGACCCUCUUUACCUUCAGUACUUGAAGGCUGCUGAAUAUACUGCACAAGUUGCUGCUAGUUAUGGUGAUCCUUCCAUGGAGAGGGGUUAUGUGGGCAAUUCUCAUGCAGAAUUGCUUGGGGUCCAGAAUGCUUACAUUGCAUCAUUGCUCCAAUCACAGAAACAGUAUGAUCCCUCGCUUCUUGGCAAAUUUGGGUUUACAAAUCAUGGUUACUAUGGCAGUCCUGCUUUUGACCUGGGCUUAUCAUAUCCAGGAAGCCCUUUAGCAGGACAAAUUGAUUCUCAAAUUGGACCUGGAAGCGCUCUUAAGCUUGGCGAGCACUACACACAAUUUCCGUAUGGCUUGAGAAAUUUAAAUGGAGGUACUACGGGAUCAUGGUAUUUUGAUCAAUCUCAUAACUUGGAUAAACAUUUUCGGUCCUCACUUUUAGAGGAGUUCAAGAACAAUAAGACCAGAUGCUUUGAACUUGCUGAGAUUGCUGGUCAUGUGGUUGAGUUUAGUACUGACCAGUAUGGGAGUCGAUUUAUACAGCAGAAACUUGAAACUGCCACAAUUGAAGAGAAAAACAUGGUUUUUGAAGAAAUCAUGCCUCGUGCUCAGUCUUUGAUGACCGAUGUUUUUGGCAAUUAUGUGGUGCAAAAGUUUUUUGAGCAUGGAUCUACAGCUCAGAGAAGGAAACUGUCUGACCAACUCAAUAAGCAUGUGUUGGCUCUUAGCCUUCAAAUGUAUGGUUGUCGGGUAAUUCAAAAGGCCAUAGAAGUUGUUGAUUUGGACCUGAAGAAAAAAAUGGUUUUGGAGCUUGAUGGGCAUGUCAUGCGUUGUGUACGUGACCAGAAUGGGAACCAUGUCAUCCAGAAAUGUAUCGAGUGUGUUCCCCAGGAUGCAAUUCAGUUUAUCAUAUCAACCUUCUAUGAUCAAGUUGUAACAUUAUCUACUCAUCCAUAUGGCUGUCGUGUCAUACAGAGAGUACUGGAGUAUUGUGAUGACCCUAACACUCAACAGAUUGUGAUGGGAGAAAUUCUACAAUCUGUUAGCUUGUUGACUCAAGACCAGUAUGGAAAUUAUGUUGUCCAGCAUGUUUUGGAGCAUGGGAAACCUAGUGAGAGGUCUGCCAUCAUUAAGAAGUUAGCCGGACAGAUAGUUCAGAUGAGUCUACAUAAGUUUGCUUCGAAUGUUGUUGAAAAAUGUUUGACUUUUGGCAGUCUCGAGGAACGUCAAAUAUUGGUGAAUGAAAUGCUUGGUUCAACUGAUGAGAAUGAGCCUCUUCAGGCCAUGAUGAAAGAUCAGUUUGGUAACUAUGUUGUACAGAAAGUAUUGGAGACUUGUGAUGAUCAGCAACGUGAACUGAUUCUGUCACGAAUAAAGGUCCACUUGAAUGCUUUGAAGAAAUAUACCUACGGAAAGCAUAUAGUUGCUCGUGUAGAGAAACUUGUUGCAGCCGGGGAACGGCGGAUCGGAUUUCAGACCCAGCAUGCAUCUUCGAUUGCAUGAGAAUGACAUUGUACAGCUGAGGCUAGUGUGAGCUUCCCGGCUUUGCGUGUAGGCUGGUACAGGCUUAGUUGGCAAUAAUAAUGCUGCUUGUACUGAAGUUUGUACAUUCUCUAGGUGAACUAAUAGUUUGUCACACCAUGGCUGAGGCUCAGAUGGGUUAGCACAUAUAUGAUGUCUUCACAGAGAAGAUAGUUGUUUGUACAAGGUUUAUAUGGGUGUAAAUUAAAAGAUGGUGAUGAAGAAAUGUUAACAAGAAAGACUGUAAAAAAUGUCGGUUACCGAGAGCUGUUCGUCUGUCCGAAAGGUUGUUUCGUGUUCCUGUUUUAUUUGAUCAUGGAAUGUUCCUGAGAUACAAUUUAGGUAGUAGCUAAUUCUACCUAUUUAUUCCAA